AGUUAGUUGUUUCCAUAAAUAAUAAGCAUGGCAGAUGAAGUAGUAUUGAAAUUUUAAAAUGGUUGUGUUCUCCAGAAAGUUGUUGUGGUUGAUAAUUUGCGCAGAAUUGCUUGUUGCAGCCCAGCAGCACAUUCUGAAACAGGGUGAUUUCAUCAAUUCCUCCACCACAUUAGUUUCUCCUAAUCAGCUCUUUGCCCUGGGAUUCUUUCAUUUGGCUGAUUCCAAUCUCAGUUACUUGGGAAUAUGGUACACCAACUCCAGUGAAGGACUUAAUGUUAACCAUCCAGCAUGGAUUGCUAAUAGAGACACGCCUAUUUAUAACAGCUCGGGUGUGCUCACCAUAGACUCCACAACAGGCAAUUUAAUUAUCAGCCACAGCGAUGCCAACAAUCCUAUUGUCUUAUAUUCUGGCAGAGGCUUAAACAGAAGGUUACUACUGUGGGAUAAUGGGAAUUUAGUACUUAAAGAAGGGAAUACAACUCUAUGGCAAAGCUUUGAUCAUCCCACGGAUGCACUUUUACCAGGAAUGAAACUUGGGAUCAACCACAAUACUAACUGGACGUGGUCAUUAACUUCUUGGAUAGGUGCAGACAAUCCAGCCUCCGGAGCUUUCACUCUAGAAUGGGAUCACACAGAAAAAAUGCUGGUAAUUAAGUUUCGAGGGAAGACUUACUGGACUAGUGGAAAAUUGAUCAACAAAAACUUUGAGUACAUCAGACCUAAGGUUGAGUUCAUCAACCUCAACUACAAUUUCAAAAUAAUUUCAAAUGAAGAUGAAGAGUACUUUGCUUAUAUACUUAUGGUUGAUCCAGUUUUAACACCUGAGUCCCGAAGAUAUCUAUCAGGUUGGAGGUUGGAUUACCAGGGAAAUAUAUUUGAUGAAGAUCGGCCACAAAUUGCUGGUGUUGACAAUUGUUAUGGAUACAACACAAGAUCAAAACCACCGCACACUUUCUAUGCAGGAUGUAAGUUGUGGGAGCAGCCUACAUGUAGGGAUCAUCUUCAGUAUGAAAUCCAAACAGGAUACUUUGAAAAUAAUGUUUCUUAUCUUAAUGAUAGUAACACGAGCCUCGGUUACACUGACUGCAAAGUGAAAUGUUGGGAAGACUGCAAUUGUUAUGGCUUUAUGAAUAACGGUGAUACUGGUUGCAUUUUCUACAGGGGAAGUAAUUUGAAGUUUCAUAGCAGUGGCAAUUAUCCAAAAAUAUAUGUUCUGCCUCCUGCCAGUCCUUCAGAGAAGAGGAAGAAGCUGAUAACGAUGAUCGUUAUUGUGAUAGUUUCCUUGUUUCUAGGGCUUCUCUCCAGUCUUUUAUACUACCAGAGAAGAAAAAACAAGCAAGCAAAGAAGACUGAAAUCCAAGAGCUGUUGACACUGAAAGGAUACUCAGACAGCAUUAACACAAUGGGGGAUGAUUGCAGGAAUGAUCUUAAAUUCUUUAGCUUUACAAGUAUCGUAGCUGCUACCAGAAAUUUCUCCUCAGACAAUAAGCUAGGAGAGGGCGGAUUUGGACCUGUUUACAAGGGAGAAUUCUUAGAUGGACAAGAGAUAGCAGUAAAGAGACUUUCAAGAAAGUCGACUCAGGGGUUGACAGAGUUAAAAACUGAGCUCAUUCUAAUAGCCAAACUCCAACAUACAAAUCUAGUCAGGCUGCUUGGUUGUUGCAUACACAGACAGGAGAAGAUGUUAAUCUAUGAGUAUAUGCCUAACAAAAGCUUAGAUUCUUUUUUAUUUAAUGAAAGUAAGAGGGAGCAGUUAACUUGGGAGAGGCGUUUUAGCAUCAUAGAGGGAAUUGCUCAAGGACUACUUUACCUUCACAAGUACUCAAGAUUGAUAAUAAUCCACAGAGAUCUGAAAGCAGCAAAUAUAUUGCUUGAUCAGCACAUGAAUCCUAAGAUUUCAGAUUUUGGUUUGGCUAGAAUUUUCAAGCUGAAUGCAGCAGAAAUCAAUACAAGCAGAGUUGUUGGGACACAUGGUUACAUGGCUCCUGAGUAUGUGAUGGAGGGCAUAUACUCAAUGAAAUCCGACGUUUAUAGUUUUGGAGUUCUGAUCCUUGAAAUCCUAAGUGGCCGAAAAAUCAACAGCUUCAAUCACGUUGAUGGUCCUUUAAACCUAGUGGCAUUUGCUUGGGAAUUGUGGAAUAGAGAUGCUGCAUUUGAGCUUAUGGAUCCAUCAAUAAGCAAUUCUUGCAUUAAACACCAAUUUCUGAGAUGUGUUCAUCUGGGCCUCUUGUGCGUUGAAGGAAAUGCUGUUGAUCGGCCUACAAUGAUAAAUCUUGUUUCCAUGUUAAGAAAUGACACUGCAGUUAUACCUCUGCCCACAAGACCAGCAUUUUGUACCGGAGGCAAGGCUCAUGAGAAACAAUCACAUGACACCAGGCCAUCAAUAAACAUAUCACUGAAUCGUCUUUCCAUCUCUACAAUGGAAGCAAGAUAGAAAGCAGUGAAGCCUGCAUGAGUACUAUAAUUAUGUUUCUGUAAAAAGGCCUAAUACUAAUACUUAGUUCAUAUAACCAAAACCAAGACAGAAACUAGUAAAGCCUGUUUGACACUGGUGUCAAAUUAGUUGCAUCUCAAGAAAAUAUCUAAACUGUAGAAGACUACAAGCUGCAUAUUAUAUAAACUGAUCGGCCUACAAUCGCUGAUGUUAUCUCCAUGUUAGGAAAUGACAAUGCAGUUUUGCCACUUCCCAAGAGGCCUGCAUUUUAUAGCGGAAGCAGGGUACGCGAGAAUGAAAUACAAGAGACUAAUUUAGCUGAAUAUUUUUCGGUGAAUGGUCUUUCUAUAUCUGCCAUGAAAGCAAGA